AUGUCGUGGCAAUCAUAUAUAGAUGACCACUUGAUGGCCGAUAUUGAGGGUAAUCACCUAACCUCAUCUGCCAUCGUAGGCCAUGACGGCAGUGUCUGGGCACAGAGCGCCAACUUCCCUCAGUUCAAGCCAGAGGAGAUAACGGGAAUCAUGAAUGACUUUGAGAAUCCCGGUUUGCUUGCUCCUACUGGAUUGUACCUUGGUGGCACUAAAUACAUGGUGAUUCAAGGUGAACCAGGGGCUGUCAUCCGAGGGAAGAAGGGACCAGGUGGUGUUACUGUGAAAAAGACCACCCAGGCCUUGAUUAUUGGCAUCUAUGAUGAGCCUAUGACUCCAGGCCAGGUCUCUAGUUGUUUAGCGAAUCCUCUAUACAAAUAUUUGGUGUUGUUGGUUAUUGGUCUUGACAAAAGGAGUUUCGCGUUUGAGAAUCGAUAG